AUGGCAAACGAAUCAAUUCAACUUUUUAAUGGAACAGAUCUCACCGGUUGGCGGAUGCGGCGUCCAGACCGAGAACACAAGUGGGUUGUUCACGACGGCAUCCUUGACAACACCGAUAAAGGUGUGGACAUCCUCACCGAGCAAGAGUUCGGCGACUUUGAACUGCAUAUCGAGUAUCUGGUGCCAAAGGAUAGCAACAGUGGUAUCUACCUCCGGGGACGAUAUGAGAUCCAGAUCUUAGACAGUCUGGGGAAGACCUACUCAUACCCGGCGGAGAAUGGUGCCCUUUAUAAUCAGAAGCAUGUGGAUGUCGAGGCGAGCAAGCCAGCUGGAGAAUGGCAAACAGUAGAUGCAACACUCAAAGGUAUGAGCCUGACAAUAUUCCUAAAUGGAGCCAAGAUUCACGACAACGUGACCAUUGAGGGACCGACAGGCGGACAACUUAGUGACGACAAUCCACCCAAGGGACCCCUGAUGUUGCAGGGUGACCAUGGUCCCGUUCAAUUCCGUAAUAUUCGGAUCCGAGAACUGUAA